AGAAAUUGAAGGAUAUAUAAAGCCUAUUUAUAAUAAUUAAUCGAUUAAUUAUUAUAAUUUAAUUGAAUGGGUGUCUUGAAAGAAAAUAAAUUCAGACGAACAAAUAAAAAUAGUUUAGGUUAAAUCAGAAAUAAAGUUAGAUAUUUUCGAAUUGAUUUACAAAAUCUCUCUUUAGGAUAAUAUAGAUUAUUAAGAAGAAUGUUCAAAGAUCAAAACAUUCUUUAAGAAAUAUAAAGAAAGAAAAAAACAAUCAAAAAGCCAAUAUGUGAUAAUAAUGCUAUUCAUAUUCUAAAAAAUAUUAUUCCAUUUUGUAUUAGAUAAUUUGAAUGCUAUCUAAAGACUGAAGAACCAAAACGAUAAAAUAUUAUAGAUUUGAUAGAAAAUGUUAGAAAUUCUAAAUCAAAUGCUAAUUAGAAUCAGAAAAAAAUAUAAAAGCUUGAAAUAAAAGAAUUGAAAGAAUUUAUUCAAAAUUAAGAAUUUGUAUAGAAGUUUUCAGCGUUUUUAAGAAGUCAACAUUACGAGGAGAAAUAUAUAGAUUAGAAUAAAAGAAUAAAAGAAGAAAGAAAGUAAAGUUACAAAAUUGCAUCUAAAAUGGUUUUAGAAGAAUUAAAUAAUCCUGCAAGAUAGAAAUUUUAGAGGUUUAUUUCCAAAAAAAAUAAUUUAGAGAAAUUAUUUUUCACUGAAGAACAAUACCUUGACUAACAAAAGGAACAUGAUUUUUAAAUCGAAAGCGAAUUUAUUGCCAUCAGAAAAGACAAUAUCGAUAAUUACUUUAACUUUUUUGAAGAGAAGUAAGUAUUUGUUGAAUCUGAUUGAUAUUUACUAAC